GCGGAGCGGAGGCGCGGGCGGCAUGAAGGAGCCCUCGCUGCCGGGCUCGUCGCUGCAGCGGGUCUGCCGCCUGCUCGUGGCCUUCUGCGCGCUGCACCUCUCGGCCAUGCUGCUCUACUACCUGGCGGGCAGCGCGCUGGGCCCGCCGCGCCGCGCCGAGCCGCCGCCGCGCCGCCCGCCGCCCUGCGCCGACCCCUCGCCGCUGCUCGUCGGCACGCUGCGUGUGGAGUUUUCCCAGCCUGUGAACCUGGAAGAAGUGGCAAGAACGAACCCCGAGGUGAAAACAGGAGGUCAUUUUGCCCCCAAGGACUGCACAGCACUUCAGAAAGUGGCAAUCAUUAUACCGUUCAGGAACCGCGAGGAACACCUGAAAUACUGGCUCUAUUACCUACACCCGAUUCUGCAAAGGCAGCAGCUGGACUAUGGCGUGUAUGUGAUCAACCAGGAUGGAGAAGAAGAAUUUAACCGUGCUAAACUGCUGAAUAUAGGAUUCGCAGAGGCUUUGAAAGAGUAUGACUAUGAUUGCUUUGUGUUUAGUGACGUAGACCUAAUCCCAAUGGAUGACAGGAACACCUACAAAUGUUACAGCCAGCCGAGGCACCUCUCUGUGUCCAUGGACAAAUUUGGAUUUCGGUUGCCCUACAACCAGUACUUCGGAGGUGUGUCUGCUUUGAGCAAAGAGCAGUUCACCAAGAUCAACGGGUUCCCCAACAACUACUGGGGCUGGGGUGGCGAGGACGAUGACAUUUACAACCGGCUGGUAUUUAAAGGUAUGGGGAUAUCUCGGCCGGAUGCUGUCAUUGGGAAAUGCAGGAUGAUUCGUCAUUCCAGGGACCGUAAAAACGAGCCCAACCCAGAAAGGUUUGACCGAAUUGCCCACACAAGGGAGACAAUGAAUUCUGAUGGCUUAAACACACUAUCAUACAAGGUGAUAAAAAAUGACAAAUACCCUUUGUACACAAAGAUCACAGUGGAUAUUGGCUCGCCAAAUAGCUAACAUCACAGACACAAGAGAGACCUUGUGUGUGUUGCCCUGGACAUCUGGCCUUGCCAAUGUUUUGUAUCGACUGGUUCUUUUGCAGUUGCAAUGAAGAAAAAGAAAGGCCUCCUCUGAUGCCAAAGCCUCUCCAAUUUGGUUGGACAAAUGCAGGUUUUUUUAUAUCCCAAACUUGACUUUACACAACUUUCUAGCUCUCCAUUGCUUUGUAAUCCCAGAAGCUGAACAUGAGCAUUGUAGAUAAUCACAUUGCCAGAUAAUGUUGAAUCUGAUAUCUUUGCUGCAGUGCUCCCCAUGUUAAUUGCUGGACCAAAAAUUUUAUUGAUUACAACUGUGAUGCAUCAGCAAUUACUACCCAUGUUAUUCUGAUGUUUUAAAUUAGGUAGACAAAAACAUUCCUUUUAAUUUGUGCCUGGUUUUACCUUAUGAAGGACUGUGAAAUGCUGCUAAAAUUGUACAAGUUUACACUUUGCAUUACAUUUUUUAACA